AUGCAGAAUGUUAGUGUUGCUCAACUUAUGCCAUGUGAAUAUGAAUCAUGGGGAACAAAAGAAGGUGGUGGAUAUAAAAAUUGGAAAAAAAGAUACUUUGUUUUAAAAGAUAAAAAAUUAUGGUAUUUUGAUAAUAAAGAUUCAGUAAGUGCAAAAGGAUGUAUUGAGUUAAAUGUUGAUGCACAUGUAGAAGAUGCGUCUGAUGAGUUUAAAGGAAAGUGUGUAUUAGCAAUUAAUUCAAAAGAUAAAAAAGGAGAUAGGAGAUAUCUCAUUGAGGUUGAUAACCCAUCAACACUUAUUGAUUUUAUUAAACAUAUCGAAAACUCAAUUCAUCCUGAAAGUACUAAAAAGUCUUAUCUUGAUUCAUUAAAAACAAAGGGUAUACCUGAAAGUAUUAUGUCGCCUAAAAUUCAAACACCAAUGGCAUCUUCUCCAUCAUCAAAUAAUAAUGACGACCUUCUUAUUAAACCAAAGAAAGUACCAUUAGGAAUGAAUCCUCUGCAAAUGGCAAUGGCUGGAGAAAUGAAAAAAACUAUUGGAGCACCAGAUGCUUCUGUUCCUAUUAGUUAUUUAUCUAAUAGUCCUAAUUCAUCAAGUAAUCAACUGCCACCAGUACCACCAGUAAAUCCAGGAAGAAAAGCUCUUUCACAAAAAACAAAUCCAUUAGUAGAAGAGAACAGAGAAAAACAACAAGCAUUAUUGAGAGAAGGAGAUUCUGAUGUUAUUUAUGUAAAUAGACAAUUACCAAGUUAUCUUGGAAGAAAUAAUAUAAAUCCAACGAGAGAAUAUUUUACAUUUUUAACAGGUGAUAAAUCAAAAGUAUUAGAUUAUUGGAUCUCAUCUGUCCCUUCACAAAUUAAACUUGAAAAGAAUAAAACAAUAAACUAUGUAAUGUCUGUUGCAAGUGACUGUGAUUAUGUGACUUAUAAAGUGAGUGGUCCACAAGAAAAUAUGGGACUAGGAAUUGCUGAUUUCUUUAGUCUUGUAGAAUCUGCUUCUGAUGGAAUUGACAAAAUGAAUUUGUAUGGAAGUAAAAUAUGUCCAGAACGUAUUGGGUCUUAUAUUCAACUUUGCUCUUCUGAAAAUGCAAUUGAAGGGGGGUAUAUUUUCUGUGGAGAUUUAUUAUCUUCUGAAGCAUUUAACAUGAUUGAUUCUGGAAAUGCAUUAAUUGUAUUAAACCAAUUUGAAAAAGAAUGUAGUAAUAUUAAAAUUAUUACUUCAGUUGAAAAAGAUAUGAGUUCAGUUGAACCUCAAUUUACUCGUUUUACAUUUGAUAUUUAUGGUAAGAAUACUGCCUCUAAAAUUGAAGUUAUUAAAUCUGUAUUAACAAAGUUUGGUUGUGGUGAUAAAGGUGAUCAGUUAAUGGCAGUUUUCCAGUCUUUUGAUAGUGAUUGUUCAUUGUCUGUAUCUUUACUUUUAACGCCAAAUGAUUUAGCACAAAUAUCUAUAAUUAUUAACAAUCCAAAAGCUGUCCAAGUAAGUGUCUUCUUAGGAUUAGAUGAAAAUAAAAAUCUUCAAAUUCAUAAUGAAUUAGUUUCUUUAUAUGGACCACCAAAAGCAGUUGAAUGUGUGUUAAUAAUGGAUGGUUUCAAAAUGGGAAUUUAUAAACAAAAACUAUUGGUGAAUGUGAUUUAUGAUAUUGGUUGUGAAAGUUCAGAAUAA